UAUAUAUAGUUAACCGCUGAAAUGUUUUGCGAGAAAGCAGUGGAACUAGUGAGAGAACUUCAUCGACUCGGUGAUGGACAGCUGCCUGCUUUCAAUGAGGAUAGCAUUCGCCAGGUGCUUGAGGAGAUGAAGGUGCUGUAUGAACAGAACCAGGGCGAUGUGAAUGAGGCGAAGUCAGAAGGCAGGAGUGAGCUGAUCCCAAGCAUCAAGUUUCGACACUGCUGUUUGCUGAGAAACCAGCGGUGUGUGACAGCUUAUCUCUACGACAGACUGCUACGCAUCCGAGCGCUACGGUGGGAGUACGGAAGCGUGCUCCCGGCGGCCAUCCGGUUCCACAUGUGUGCAGAGGAGCUGGAAUGGUUCAACCAGUACAAGAAGUCACUGGCAACAUAUAUGAGGUCACUUGGGGGAGAAGAGGGACUGGACAUCACACAGGACAGGAAGCCACCAAAGAGUCUGUAUAUAGAGGUUCGCUGUUUGAAAGAUCAUGGAGAGUUUGAAAUAGAUGAUGGCACUAUCAUUCUUCUGAAGAAAAACAGCCAGCACUUCCUUCCACGUUGGAAAUGUGAGCAGCUGAUUCGUCAAGGAGUCCUUGAGCACGUCAUCUCUUGAGCCAUUCGAGAUUGCA